GGGGAGGGCUGCUAUAAAGGCUGUUUCUCUCCUGCUUUCUCCCAUUCUUUCUGUUUUUUGAGGGGGUUUGAUCUGCAGGGGAUUCUCCAGGAUGAUCCUGCUGUUUACGGCCACCUUCACCAUCCUGGUGCUCUCCUCCCUGGACCAGGUGGAUUCUUCAGCUUAUGACAAAAUAGUGUCACACAGUCGCAUCAGGGCGAAGAAUGAAGGGCCCAAUGUGUGCGCUUUACAGCAGGUCAUGGGGACCAAGAAGAAGUACUUCAGCACAUGUAGGAACUGGUACAAGAAAUCCAUCUGCGGCAAAAAAGCGAUUGUCUUAUAUGAGUGCUGCCCAGGUUACAUGAAGUUAGAAGGGAAACGUGGGUGCCCUGCAGUGGCCCCCAUUGACAGCGUUUAUGGCACCUUGGAUCUGGUAAAAGCCAAAACCACUCAGCAAUAUGCGGAUCAAUCCAAACUGAGGGAAGAAAUUGCGGGAGAAGGAUCUUAUACAAUAUUUGCGCCCAGUGACGAUGCCUGGGAAGAGUUAGAUCCUGCAUCGAAGGCUGCUGUGAUCAGCCUUGGAAACACUGAGCUUUACAAUGCACUUCACUAUCACAUGGUCAGCAAACGGUUUCUCACCAAGGACUUGAAGAAUGAUAUGACCCUGGAGUCCAUGUUUAACAAACAAGGCCUCCAUAUCAAUCACUACUCCAAUGGAGUUGUCACUGUGAACUGUGCCAGGAUCAUUCACGGCAAUCAGGUGGCCACUAAUGGAGUUGUGCAUGUCAUUGACCGGGUCAUCAGCGUCGUAAGCCAAACAAUUAAGGAUGUGAUUGAAACCAAUGAUGAUCUGUCUUCACUAAGUGGAGUUGUAGUGAGUGCAGAUCUCCAAGACCAGCUUGGUGAGCCUGGACACUACACACUGUUUGCUCCAACCAACGAAGCCUUUGACAAGAUUAACGCCGAUGCCCUGGAAAGAUUAAUGAGUGACCAAACUGUGAUUCAAGCUCUUUUGAAGUACCACCUCCUGAACUCAGUCCAGUGCUCUGAGGCCAUUAUGGCAGGCUCCAUCUAUGGGACUCUUGAGGGCAGUAAUAUUGAGAUUGGAUGUGAUGGUGAGAGCCUUACUGUCAACGGAAUCAAGAUGGUGCUCAAGAAAGACAUUGUCACUAGCAAUGGUGUCAUUCAUCUGAUCGACCAGGUGCUCAUGCCUGACUCAGCAAAGCAGGUGAUGGAGCUUGUGGGCAAAUCGCAGAGUGUCUUCAGUGACAUGGUGUCUGAACUUGGUCUUUCUGCCGCCCUGCAGCCUGAGACUGAAUACACUGUACUUGCGCCACUGAACGGAGCCUUCUCUGAUGAGGUCAUGUCUAUGGAUCAGCGUCUCCUGAAGAUUAUUCUGGAAAACCACAUUGUGAAACUCAAGGUCUCUCUGAGAGACCUGUACAACGGCCAGCUGCUCGAAACGCUCGGAGGAAAAAUGCUUAGAGUCUUCAUAUAUCGCACGGCUGUGUGUAUUGAGAACGCCUGUAUGGUUCGUGGUAGUAGAGAGGGCAGUAAUGGAGCUCUUCAUCUCAUGAGUUCACUGAUCCAGAUGCCUGAAACCACCAUCUAUGAGCUGCUCCUGAAAGAUGGACGCUUCAAAAUCUUCCUAUCUCUGAUGGAGAGUGCUGGACUGACAGAUCUUCUCAAGCAGGAUGGAUCCUACACACUCUUUGCUCCUAUAGAUGCUGCCUUUGGCUCUCUGACAAAGGACGACCUUGCUCUUUUAAAAAGUGACAUCAAUGUUCUCAGAACAAUCCUGCUGUAUCACUUCAGCAACGGCAUCUUUAUUAACGGAGGUCUGGAGGGUGGAGUGACUAACCUCCUCAAGACCAUACAGGGAAACAACCUUCAAGUGCUGUCUGUUAACAGCUCCAUCCAUGUAAAUUCAGUGGAUGUUCCAGAUUUUGAUCUUAUGGCAUCCAAUGGAGUAGUCCAUGUUGUGAAAACCUUAUUAUAUCCUCAAGAUCUGCCAGUUGGCCGUGAAGACAUAUUGAUUCUGCUGAAGAGACUCAUCAAAUACAUGCAGCUGAAGUUUGUAUCUGGAUACACCUAUCGAGACAUUCCACUUACAUUUAUCAAGAGGACUAUAACUACUCAUGUCAUUGAGAGAGGUCCUGGGACUACAGUUGAAAGGACUGUGAUUGGAGAACCAAUCAAAGUUACGAGAGUCAUUGAAGGACAGCCAGGAGUUACCAAAGUUACACGAGUCAUUGAAGGAGAUCCUAGUGUUACCAAAGUUACACGAGUUGUUGAAGGACAGCCAGGAAUUACCAAAGUUACACGAGUCAUUGAAGGAGAUCCCAGUUUUACAAAAGUAACAAGAGUCGUUGGAGAUCAAAGUCUUACCAAAGUUACAAGAGUUGUUGAAGGAGAUCCCAGAUUCACCAAAGUUACACGAGUUGUUGAAGAUGAUCCAAGUCUUACCAAAGUUACAAGAGUUGUUGAAGGAGAACCAAGUUUCACCAAAGUUACACGAGUUGUUGAAGGAGAUCCAAGUUUCACCAAAGUUACACGAGUUGUUGGAGAUCCAAGUCUAAGCAAAGUUACAAGAGUUGUUGAAGGAAAGCCAUCUGUUACAAAGGUCACCAGGCUUAUUGAAUCUCACAGUGCCUCAUCUGAUGGUGAAAUUGAUGCUGGCGGAGAAAUCAAGGGAAUCGUGGGUGAUGAUAUAAGCAAUGUGCAGAGGUUUCAGAAUGGUGAAGUACACAUCCUGCAAGAGGAAGACAUCAAGCAAAUAACAGAUGCCAUCGCUCAGGGAGGUGGACCAGGGAUCACAACUAUAACCAGAGUAUUAAAACCAGAGCCUCGGGUUGUUGAAAGUGAACCAGGGAUCACCACCUUUACCAGAGUCAUCAAGAAAAAGCCUCAGAUUGUCGAUGGUGCACCAUUGGAAACUACUUUUACUAGAGUAAUUAAACCAGAACCGCAGAUCAUUGAAGGACCUGAUUUCUCAAAGAUUGUAUCUUUGAAGGACAAUCCAGAACUAUUUGAAUCAGAAACAGAGAGAAUCACCAGAAUCAUCAAGGAUGGACGUUCUCGAAAACGAGCUGCCAUCAGACAACUACAAGGAUCAAGACGAAGAGCAAGACUGGUCAGACAUCCCACCAAACCCACACAGUGAGAUGAAUGGAGACCCUGAGAUCCAGUUUAGGUGAAUGACAGUGUUGUAGAAGAGUGUGUUUUUGUCCUGAAAAUACACAAUCCGCAUCGAAUGUUUACACAUUAAAAAAACCAAUGUGCAGUAAUAUCUUGGAUUUGUGUGGCAUAAACACCCCACUUCAGUUCUGAUAAGGGGUACUUGAAAUGAUGGUGGUUAAAAAAAGACAUUGGUGGGUUUUGUUUGUUUUUAAGCUGUUUAUAUUGUUUCUCUGAAUAUAUAUAGUGUAUAAGCCUUGUCACUGAGCUUGUCGUGAUAUUUUGUGGUGCUUGCGUUCAGAGACAUGAAUGCAUUUUUAAUAUAUCUUUAAGGCUGAGCAAAGCUUUGGCUGUUGUGUUUGUUUUAAAUUAUGUCCAAUAACUGUCCAUUUAUUUCUGGUUUCUAAGUUCAUUUUUAUGGACAUUUUCAAAAAAAAAUGUUUUUAGAAUUACAUCUUUCAUGACAAUACUUUUUUGUAUAAAUUUCAAAGUCUCAAUGUAGCAAAAAAAUAAAUCAAUUUCUGCUUA